UAUGACGUCAUCCGAAGGCGCCGACUGCGGUUCGUUGUUAGUUUGCGUUAAUGGCGAACGAAAAGUCGGUGUUCGACAGCUGAAAUUAUUACCGGCGGUAGUAUGUCUGCAAAGAUACUUUAAUGAUUAUUCAUUAGGAGCAAGACGGGGUCGGUCGUUUGUCCUAGGCGACGCUAAUGCUAGGCGGGCAGCUGGCUGGCCGGUCGCGGCGAUCCCGCUUGGAGGUUUGAAGUGUCUGCAGCUGCUAAGCUACUAGCAGUGACGUGGAGCCUCACUGAUCAUAGGACCAGAAUGGAUGACAUCAACCUGCACUACAGAUUUUUGAACUGGCGACGGAGGAUCCGUGAGAUCCGGGAAGUGCGGGCCGUCCGAUUCCAGGAGAGGUACAAGAGGAUGCUGAAGGAUGGGGACACACUCAGUUACCAGGGCAACUCGGAUGAAGUGGGCUGCUAUGUAGCUCCGCGACCGCUUUCCAAAGGGAACUGCUACUUUGAGGUGACCAUCAUGGACACGGGGGUCAGGGGGACUAUUGCGGUGGGUCUGGUGCCGCAGUUCUACAAGCUGGACCACCAGCCCGGCUGGCUGCCGCACUCUGUAGCCUACCACGCCGAUGACGGAAAGCUGUACAAUGGCAACACUGUCGGCCAGCAGUUUGGACCCAAAUGUAACCGCGGCGACCGCAUCGGCUGUGGAAUUUACCUGGACUCCUUCGAGACAGGCCCCACGACGGUGUUUUUCACCAAAAAUGGCAAGGAGGUGGGCUCGGUGGUGGUCCCCGCCUCCUCGGACGGCCUCUUUCCCGCCGUGGGCAUGCACUCGCUGGGCGAGGAGGUGCGGCUGGACCUGCAGGCGGAGUGGGGCUCAGACGAGGACGACAGUGCCAUGAUGGUGGACAGCCACGAGGACGAGUGGAGCCGACUGCACGACGUGAGGGUCAGCGGCACGGUGUUGGAGUACACAGGUAAGGGCAAGAGCAUCAUGGACGUGGGUCUUGCCCAAGCACGUACUUCCCUCAGCCCAAGAAGCCAUUACUUUGAGGUGGAGAUCGUGGAUGCCGGAGAGAAGUGUUACAUUGCCCUUGGAUUGGCGCGAAGGGACUAUCCCAAGAACAGGCACCCUGGAUGGAGUCGAGGUUCUGUAGCUUACCACGCAGAUGAUGGGAAGAUCUUCCAUGGCAGUGGAGUUGGGGAUCCAUUUGGCCCACGCUGUUUUGAGGGCGAUGUCAUGGGCUGCGGAAUCAUGUUUCCUCGAGACUACAUUCUGGACAGCGAAGAUGACAGCGAUGACGGCGAUUCUGUGGAGGUGCGUCCCAAACAGAGAAGAGUCCAGAACGUGCUGUACCUCAAUUAUGAGGAUGAGGAGGAGGAGGAUGGCGAGGAGAUGGAACAGGAGCAUGAAGGCAGGAAGGUCAUGGUGUUCUUCACCCGAAACGGAAAGAUCAUUGGCAAGCGGGAGGUGGUAGUUCCAUCCGGUGGGUUCUACCCAACCAUCGGCAUGCUGAGCAGCGGGGAGAAAGUGAAGGUCGACCUGCACCCCCUGAGUGGCUGAGCGCAAGGGGAGGGGGAGAGAGACACAGCACUAUACACUGUCUACGGAGCACCGAGCCGAGGAACUGGGCCGUCUCGCCUCUGCUUUGUGUCCUCACAGCGCUUAACUUCACCUCCACCUCUUGCGUAUCUCUUUCCUUCUUCAAAGAUGGCGGUUUCUGACCCCUCUGCUCAGUGCAAUUACCAUUAUAUCUUUUUGUAGUAAUUAAUAGCAGGAGAGAAAAUAAUUAUUUUUUUAAGCUGUUGUUUUAAAUAGAAUUGAAUUGCAAUUGAAAUGUAUAUACAUGUGCCACAAGUUAGAAAAUCUCCCCCAAAUUGAUCAUAAAUUGAUGUUACUGAAAUACGUGAAAAAUGUUCCACUAACGGAUACAAAGAUCAAAUUCCUUUGCUAUGUCUCUUCUGGCCACUAGAUGUCCCCAUUUCUCUGCUGGGGCUGAAGCCCGUUCAGCUCCGUGUAGUUCAUUAACUCGGUGGUCACCGGUAACAGUCAAUGUUACAGCAGCUGCAGUCGUAUUUAUUUUUUUAAUAGAUUCUUGAGGUGGGGUGAAAAAUAUAUCGUCAAAUAUGUCAAUUAAAUAUAAGUGUAUAAAUAAAAUAUAUAGAAAUCUAUUUUUGAAUGCGCUUACAAAUACUGUAAAUCUAAGCAGCACUGUGGGAUACGGCAUAUAGAUCCACAUGCAUGUUGUAAUAAUCCCGACUGUACAGGAAGUCCUGGGAGAUUGACCCAGCACUGUUGCCAAUAAUCUCAGCCUGGUGGUUGGUCCCCAGCGAGGACUUGGCUGUCUGUGCCUUCCGCUGUGCAGGAUUGCAGGUGUCUGAUCUAUAGGGCAGGUAUGAGGGCUCCUGGCUGUCUGUGCCUUCCGCUGUGCAGGAUUGCAGGUGUCUGAUCUAUAGGGCAGGUAUGAGGGCUCCUGGCUGUCUGGCGUCGUGGCCUUUCGGGUGGAUCGUAGCCGUACGCUGGCCGAGUCUUUGCAGUCCUCGCUGCACACAGGCACUUCUCUUCAUUAACCCGGUCACUGGUGUCUUAUCUCCGCUUGUUUGUUUGGAGAGAGAAGCAGUAGGAUGCCUAUGACCAUGGAGGAGGAAACGCUGGAGACCCUCCUACAGCUAGAAAGCAGCUUCACCACCCAGCUGUAGGUGCUCUUUGGUUCCUUUCAAGUCAUUGUAUUUUACAUUGUUGUUAUAAUCAACAGAGACCAGUAGGAUUAUUUCAUUCACAAUAAAUAUACAUCUAAUCGUAAAGGUUCUUUUAUCCGCACUAUGAAUGUUGUUUUAAAAAAAACAUUGACAAAACCAGUUCGGUUGAUAUUUUGCCAUUUUCUGUGCUUGUAUGUAUGUCUGGAAUGUAAAUUCAUGUUCUGCUGUUAGAAGCACAUUAUGGACGGAUGUGUUUUCAUCUUACUCAUCCCAAGGUCUUGUCACCUAAAGGGCAAAUUCACACACUGAAAGGGAAAGUUCCUUGUUUAAAAUGUUUGGGAAAAAUGAGUUUCAUUCAUAAAUCCUGUCAGCAGACUUGCAUGAUUUUGGUUCUUGAUCUUUCUAUUGCGAGUAUUUUAUUGGCACUGGAACCCUAAGCUGCAGUCGUGUUUUUGUCUCAGAACACAAACAUUUUCACACUAGAUUGCUGUUACUCCUUUACCUGAUUUUGGAGAGUUAAUCUGAACUGCAUCUGCAGUUCUAUGGAAACACAAAAGCACUGAAAGUUAACGUGUCAACUGGCGUCUGCAUUGUGGGUGGGAAUCUGUGCACGCUUUCAUAGACUGGAGGUCGUCUCUGACCUCUAGAGGUGCCUUUCAGAGCUCCACGUUCUGGCUGUAGGGCAUUAGAGUGCUGGAACCCCACAGUGUGAUUGACUCCUGGUCCCAUGUGGGCAAAACUGCCCAUUUGCACCAGCAGCUGACAACCUGCGUGAAUCGGCAGCUGGAGCAAACGCAAGCAAAGUGUCCGUCUGUGACCCCCUACAGCAUGGAAAUCUGUUCCUAUGGGAACUGCUGUGUUUGUCAAAUAAAGAUGGUUAUUUCCAUAAAA